AUGUCCCUCCUCCUGGUGGUGGUCUCUGCCCUUCACAUCCUCAUCCUCAUCUUGCUUUUCGUGGCCACUUUGGACAAGUCCUGGUGGACCCUCCCCGGGAAGGACUCCCUGAACCUCUGGUCUGACUGCAUGUGGAACAGGAUCAACAAAACGUGGGACUGCAGUGAUGUCAGCGAGAAUGGCUGGCUGAAGGCCGUGCAGAUCCUCAUGGUGCUCUCCCUCAUCCUCUGCUGCCUGUCCUUCAUCCUCUUCAUGUUCCAGCUCUACAACAUGAAGCGAGGGGGACUCUUCUACGCCACGGGCAUCUGCCAGCUGUGCACCAGCCUGACAGUGUUCACCGGGGCCCUGAUCUAUGCCAUUCAUGUGGAAGAGAUCCUGGCGAAGUACCCGAGAGGGGGCAGCUUCGGUUACUGCUUCGUCCUGGCCUGGGUGGCCUUCCCGCUCGCCCUGGCCAGUGGCAUCACCUACAUCCACCUUCGGAAGCGGGAGUGA